UCCUGCUAGUUCAAACUAACCUGUUUCUGUUUUUAGGCUGACUUGUAUCGUCUCUUACUAUUUCAUCUAACCCAAAACUCUAAAACCACCGCCCUUCCACCUUCCGGCACCAUCCUUCCUCGUUUACUUCUGAAAUUGCAUGACGGUACGUGCGUGAAAGUUGUGAAGCUACAAAUGGUAGCUUUUGGAUUUCCGCGCGUCUGGAGAAAAUUCACGCUGCGUGUACACACACUUAGGGUUAGACCCUUCAUUCCAGGCCAUAUUAAUUCAAAGAAUGCGAAGGGAUGCAUAUCCUUCGACAAGGUCUUUGAACCAUCUUCUACCCAAGAUAUUGCAGUCACUUAUUGGAUCAGUUCUUGAUGGAUACAAUGUCUACAUGCGGCCAGACGGGAUCAGGAAAAAGUUACACUGUAUUGGACACAAAGAGAUCACAUAAAAGGCCAGGGUGUAAAUGACAGGGUUCCAACUGAUUUGUUUCUCUACGACAUUUCCAAGUCAGGUCAUGGUUGGAUCUCUCUCUAUUUCUAACAUCACUUCCCCCAAAUAUGCAAUGAUAUGUGUCUGGUUGUAUGUUUGUUAAGAUCUCACAAACUUCCUAAAUUUGGUAUUGGUUUGGUUGUGCAGGUGCUCAAUAUGGUCACCAAGUCUUUUUCUGUCUGAGUUAAUACUUUCUCAUCCAAAAUUAUUCUAUAAUAAUAUAUUGUGCUUUGAGAUGUAUUAAACUGAACAACAUGGAAAUCAAUUCCUCCAACAGAUCCUUUCCCAACAGUAUUUACGAAAGAUGGUUGUUUACAGAGCUGCCUCAUAAACUUGAUGUCAAUGGGAUUGGUUGCAAAACCUUGCAUGAGCAACUAUCAUUUAAACUUUAUAAAACAAACUUAAAUGCCGAGAAGAGGAUGGACUAUUUAUGGAUUUCAAGGUACCUCUAAAGUCAUGCCCAUGAAUAAUUGCGAUAUGCUUACAGUGUAAAACUUUUUACACUGACAGGGCAUGACAAUUAAACUCUUUAUUAAAAAUAUUAUAGGCCAACAAAAAUUUCACAUUUUCUAGUUUCAAAGAAAUGUCAUUAUUCAUGUCAUCUAUUACAAAGUCAAUUCAAGAAGGAGUGAGUUGAUUGUAAAGUCUCGAAAAAACGUAUACAUAUAUGUCACAGUUCUAGGUGCUUGUUGCUUUAAAUUUCAUGUUACAAUCCACCCACUCCUCCUUGUAUUGACUUUGUAAUGGAUGACAUGAAUAAUGACAUUUCUCUGAAGCUAGAAAAUGUGAAAUUUUUGCUGCCCCGUGAUAUUUUUGAUGAAUUGUUUUAUGAAACAUUGAAAGAAAACAGCAGCAGAUCACUCAGCGGCGAUGUCAACAAAGGAUUUUGGGAGGAGAGCACUGCUAAAGGUGCAAAUUCUGUGCAUGAUCCAGCACCAAAUGACGAGGCUCUUGAGAAAAAUGCAGAGCAUAUUGUACCAAAACCAACUUGGGCCGACAUUGUUAAAGGAGAACCUAGCAACUUCAAUGUCAAAAAAAAAGGAAAUGAGUCAUUUCCUCCAUUAAUGCCCUCUGUAAAGUUUGAAAAACCUGGAUGUAAAGGACUGUCCCCAAUUAUGAAUGUGCAACAAGUAGGUGAUACAAGCAAAAGGAGCGAAAAGAAAAACAAAGGUGGCCAGCUGCUUUUUGGAAAUGAAACUAUGAAGAAGUGAAAGAAAUCUCAUUCCUAAGGGAUGCCAUUACCCUAUAAGUGGUCUUAUUAAUAUGUUAAAAUAAAAGAUAAGUAGAACUAUCAGAGAAGAAUAUUCUGUUUUGAAUAAGGUUGCUAACUUGUCAUUAUAAUGCGCUUUUGCUUUUUUUUGUUGUAAUAAAACUUCUGAAGUUUUAUGUUGGAACUGGUUAGUACAUAAUUGAAAUUGGGGAACCGAAUUCUUUAUUGAAUUUAAA